ACUACCUGUUAUUUGGUAUUUUAUUUUAAAACAAAGCGGUUCCAUUAAAUUACUAAAUAUAUAUUCGAUAUACGUCUUAAAAUUAUAAUACAACAUUAGCAAAACAUUUAUAUUUCUGAUAAUAAAUGAGUGAUUAGUUCAAAAUAAAACAUUGUUGAUAGUUGGAGCGAUGCAGUCAGCUGAAAAGCGAAAUAAAACGGAUCUUGCAUCUUUAGAGCCUGCUUACAGAGUAAAACAACUAGCAAACUAUGGAGCAAUGGUUGAAGUGGAUUCGAAUGUGCCGCCCCGAAGAUAUUACAGGUCUGGGCUUGAAAUGGUUAGAAUGGCAAAUGUAUACCUAGCUGAAGGAAGCCUUGAAAAUGCCUACAUUUUGUACUUAAAGUUCAUGACAUUAUUUUUGGAGAAAAUAAGAAAACAUCCUGAGUACAGUACAAUACCUGCAGAUAUUAAGGCUGUCAAUCAAAGCAAAUUAAAAGAAGUGAUGCCUAAAGCUGAGAAAUUAAAACAGAAACUUCUAGACCAAUAUGCCAAAGAACAUGCAACAUAUAAAGAAAAUGAGGUGAAGAGGAGAAAAGCAGAGGAGGCCAAAAAGAAGCAAGAGCAAGAAGAUGCUAAAUUGGCACAAAUAUUACAAGCUGAUGAAAACAAAAAGGAUGGACAUACAACUCCACACUUACUACAUCCGGAAAAUUGGGCGGUGACUCCCUCAGCACCUCCUGUAGAUGGUGUUGUAUAUCCAGAUGACUUUGCUGUUGAGCCUCCGAGACCUCCACCUCAUCAUUAUCAGCCAUCUCCUCCACUCAUACCUCCCUCAAGGCCAUUAAGUGGUGAAGGUUUCGACAUGGUGCCCCUGUCAGCCGAUGGUGGUCUACGUUCUGUGGUAGUACCGUCAACACUGCUAGCUCGCUUCCUGACUAUCGCAGCUUCUAAUACAGCAAAAAAUAUAGAAACAUGCGGGAUACUAGCUGGAGUCUUAGCGCAGAAUCAGUUCAAGAUAAGCCACGUGAUAGUACCGAAGCAGGUUGGCACGCCUGACUCCUGUACCACCAGCAACGAGGAGGAGAUAUUCCACUAUCAGGACCAGCACAAUCUGAUCACGCUAGGCUGGAUACAUACGCACCCGACACAGACGGCGUUCCUCUCGUCUGUCGAUCUUCACACGCAAUGCUCGUACCAGCUGAUGAUGCCAGAGGCGAUAGCCAUCGUGUGCGCACCCAAAUACAAUGAGACUGGUUACUUCGCGCUGACACCGGACUACGGUAUGCAGUACAUCACUAACUGCAGACAGAACGGCUUCCACCCACAUCCCAAUGAUCCACCGCUUUUCUAUAAUGUAUCACAUAUUCGAGUGGACAACACGGCUCCUGUAGAACUGGUGGACUUGAGGAGGUGAACUCCAAUACCAAUAAUUAGAGGCUAUUGUAGAACGUGACAUAACCUUCGUGUAAAACGCUUACAAAGUCAAUGUUGCUAAUAAUAAUUAAUGUAUAAUGCAGCAUGUAUAACAAGCAUUUAUAAAUAAAAUUUUAUAUGGAGCAUCGUCCAAGCGAUCGAUGGGAUCUUAAGGCAAAUGGGCAUGAGGUUUUGAAACAACUACCUUUGAUACGGUCUUUUAGCUGAACUCGAAUUGUCGGGGACUCAGUGCUCUGUGAACGGCUGGAUCACUUGGCGUUGCGUAGAGACGUUGCUUAAUUAUGUGUCUUCUACCGCAUUUAUGACGGGGAGUGUUCCUAAGAGCUGUUUGACCUGAUUCCUGUCGCCUUCGCACGACAAGCCACAAGUUAGGAUAUCAUCCCCACAAUAUGGAUCAGUGGCCUCCACAGUGCGGUGUUCAAUGAACUUUCUUCCACAUACUACAAAGCUGUGGUGAGCUUCCUUGUGCCGUGUCUCCGGAACGAUACGACAUGUAAAAAGCGCGUACACCGUCCUUAAAGGCCGGCAACACUCCUGUAAUUCCUCUGGUGUUACAAGAGAAUGUGGGAGGCGGUGAUCACUUAACACCAGGUGACCCAUCCGCUCGUCUGUCCUCCUUUUCUACAAAAAGAAGAACAAAGAUCUAAUUAACAGUAUUUUGCUGAGAUUUCCAUUUUGAAAAUAUGUUGUGGUUGUGUUAUGGCAGCGAGGGUUCUGUAACAUUAACAAUAAAUGUUAUUUACUUAUGUGAUCUAAAACAUUUAAAUCUAUUGAUAUUUGGUCAUUUUGGAUAAUGAAAGAAAAUUACAGUUUUUAUUGCCAUUUUUGUUAUAUUAUCGUAUAUUUAUGUGAUAUGAUUAGAUUUAAACGAAAAGUCAGUUCCUUAACUAUGAGUUGUAUAAAUAACUAAUUAUUUAUUAUAAUUGAGUGCUUGGACGGAACCGUUUAUCAAUUUUGGUUACAAAUUUAAUUUGUAUAAUAAUAAUUUUUAUUUAUGUUACAAAUUAUACCUGCUAUCUUCGUUUACGGCAAAGAAAAGUACUAUUGGUAAUUUGUAUUUGUAAUAAAUAUUCAACGAGCUUAUGACUGAAAGAGGUGUUUAAGGAGCUAUCCAUAAAUAACGUCACAAUCUAAUGAUUUUUAACCCCUCCCCGUCCUUGUCACAGCUGGUCACAUUUGUGAUACCCCCCCUCCUAGUGUUAAGUCAUAUAUAGCAAUUUUACAUUUAGAGAUUUAUAAAAUUAACGCAAGAAGUGUUCCGAAAUUAUUUUUAUUGCCAUUUAAAUUCAGUUUUCUUUGCAAAUCUUUGAUUUAAAAUUACACUUCACUUUUAACAUUGUCACUACUUUUCUUACCUAUCCAUAAUGUGUUAACUUCUUGUACAUUUUCUUUUUUUAUCAGCGUAUGCAUCAUAUAAUUUACAGUAAAUCACUUUUUUGUUCAGCCGGAAGAUGUCCAUUGCUGGACGAAGGCCUCCCCCAAAGAUCUCUACGACGGUCGGUCCUGCGCUGCCCUCAUCCAACGUAUUCCGGCGAUCUUGACCAGAUCAUCGGUCCAUAUUGUGGGGGGCCUACCAACACUUCGUCUUCCGGAACGUGGUCGCUAUUCGAGGACUUUUCUGCCCCACCGGCCAUCUGUCCGUUGAACUAUGUGCCCUUCCCACUGUCACUUCAGUUGCGCAUUCAUUUGGGCUAUGUGGGUGACUUUGGUUCUCCUACGGGCAUAGUCUUCUCCAAUGCCCUCUGAGCGACCAUCAGCUUCCUCAUCAGGCCCUCUUAUGCUUGAAAAAAUGUGAUGUCACAAAAUUUGUGACCCCUCCCCGCCUCUAGUCACACCCUUAACGUGUGACGAAAUUUAUGGAUAGCCGCUUAUUGAUAGUGUGAUACAUAAAAAUUUACUAUUAUUCAUUUCGUAUGAACUGAUAAAUGUGCAAUUUAGCUUAGAAGUUGCUUAUAAAGCGAAAGUUAACCAGAAUAAUAAUUGUGAAAGUGAUAAUUAAUCUAUAACUUGUCCAUACACUAGCACUCAUACAUUUGUGAAGAAUAUAUUAUCUGUAUGUGCAGUGAUGUAAGGAAUACAAUUCUUUCGCGUAUUGACGUAUUACUCUAGAUGUGCAUUGGCCAAAUUAUGUAAUAUCAUUUAAAUAAAAUACUUUUUAAAAGGAUUAAAACGCAUUAAUGCAUUUAUAUUAUUUAAAAAAUUUAAAAAAAAAUGAUUUAUAUAUUCUGUUUUCAGCGUGGAUAGUUUUUAUUUAAAUCAAUUAAAUAAUUUUCAUUUCUUUCUACUACUAUGUAUUGAUAUACUUUUAUGUUGAGAUUUUUAAGGAAACUCAAGUGAUCGUUUUGAUCACCCGAUGUUAAGUGAUCACAGCCUCCCACAUUCUCCUGCAACACUAGAGGAAUCACAGAAGCGUUGUCGGUCUCUUAGAAAUAUGUACGCGCUUUUUUUAAUGAACCUAUGUUGAUUGUCCUGGAAACCACAUAAGUUACCUUAUGCCAUACAUAAAUAAAACCUCAAAUCUGAUAUAACCACUUUAAUAUUAAGUGAUUAUCUACAUUAUUUAAUAUUUAUAUGUCCUAAAACAGCUGUAAAAAAAUACCGCCAUAUUAAAAAAAACUAUAAGAAUAUUGAUAUUCCUUACAUCACUAAUAUAGUAACCAACGGAAUACAAAAAUCAGUGGAAGUUGGGCAUUUUACUUACAAAACUUAUGUCGCUACAUUAACACAAUUCUCAUAUCUCCCACAACCUCGAUUAGUCAUUAACACAAUCGCAUCAAAUUCAACGUCAUUUUAUUUUCCUAAUAUAAAGGACUAGAAAAAUCACUAUUUUAUGCUAGAUGGCGUUAUAAAUACAAAUAGUAAACUACGAACUUGAAUAUCAACUGGGUGUAUGUUGACAGUAGUAGUGUUGUACCACCAUAGGUAUGAAUUUGUCGAUAAGAUGCUGAAAAAUACUUACAAAACCAAUAAAUUAUUUUGGAAUAUACCAAUCUAUUUUGUAUUGUUGUAGUUUUAACUGCGGUUAUUACCAUAUCAAAAAAUCUGGGGCGCAAUAUUUAGUUUUUAAAAACGCUUAUUGAGUGGUUUAUUUUUUUUGAUGAUAUCAAUAUUAAUCUUUUGAAUUCGAAUGUGUCCAAUUUACACAAAAUUUUACACAUGUUUUCCUAAUGGCACGUGUUUCCCUAACCCGGUUUUGACCCUCAUUUUGUUUUAAAGAUGGGUUAAUAAUAACCCAUCCUUAAAACAUAAAUAUAAUAUAAACUUAUCAAUUAUAACGAAACAUACUAACGAAAUUACGAUAUUAUUUUCGAAUCUACAUUUUAAUUUCGCUGAACGGCGAUUGUAUUUAGCGUCCACUGUUUUUGUUUUCCGUGGGGUAACAAAUGACCAGUAAGUUUGUGAUAUGAAAGUUGUUUGAUGUGCGUGCCUUUAAUGUAUAUAAUUUGUUAGAUAAAAUUAUUAAUAUAUUAUAAAAUUAAAUAUCACUAAGUCUGUAUAGAUUUUUCGUCAUAUUUUUGUUAUAUGAUAGAUUUAAUACUCUUAUUACACAAAAAAUAUAAAUUAUUAAAUAUUUAACUUCACAUAACAUAAUGCUACGUUUGUUUUUAGUGAACUUUGAUUAUUUUCUGUGUAAAAAGAGGAUAUUAUUGUAAAAUAUUAUAAUGAAAAUAAAUUGUCAAUUUAAUUAAUACUGCCUCACAUCUAAGAUGGCGUACACCUGUUAAUAUUAAUAAGUAGAAUUUUUCUAAGUUUCUUUUAGAAGCAGUAUUAUAUUAAUGGACCUCUGAGUAGAUCUCUCUAUCUCGCUCACAGAGGCGGAGGCAUCUCAUAAGGUAUUGUCAAACAUUAAUGUGAACCGAACCGAACGAAAAGCGUGGAGAAUGCAAACCGAAGCGGAGACUACAAAGUAGGCACAACAAACCGAAAGCGAAACGUUUCGGGCCGCCACUCGUGUCAAAGUUUUGUAAAUAAACAUAACCGUUGCGUUUCGCUCUUGCUUCGCGUCUCCCAUUCUAUCUCUGUUCGACGUUGUGCAUACAAAGCCAGCUAAUACAACUAACUCGCUCGCUGGGCUUGGUAUGCCCUGGCGUGACACGAAUUUCGGUUCGCAACGUAUUCGGUUUGCUUUCGCUUUUCUAUGUGACUAGAUUUAAACGUAUACAUAACAAAAUGAAAACGCUUCGCUACGCUUUCGGUUCGCUGUCUGUUUGACAAUAGCUAUAGUGGGUGCGGAUUGUAAUAGGUCAAUGACCGCAAUUCUGUGCUUCGUCACCUACGCUUGCGACUAGCACAAUGGAAAUGCCACUGUUAUGUUUUGUAUAUCGUUAUUGUUAUGUCAUUUGUUUUAUUAUUAAUGACCAAUGGGAUUCAGUACCCUGAGCCCGCUCUUCUCGGUUGACUGAAUUGUUUGCUAUGCGAAUAUAUUACUAUUAGUCUAUUGGGUUAUAUAGGAUAAUCGUUCAGUGCGUCGUCCAGGCGAUUAUUCCGUAACUAUUACAAAUAUUAAAAAACUUUGAACUGAUAUCGAAAAUGCGUUAUUUAAUCAGUCAAAUGACAUCAAUAACUUAAAAAAAUCAAACGAUAACUAUCCGAAAUUUUGGUAUUAAACACUCCCAUACAUUUAGUAUUUUCAGUUUAAAGUUUUUUUAUACUUGUAAUACACAAAUAAAAUUUGAAAACAAAAUUUUAUGAACGAUAUGAUGAUAGGGACUCGAACCCACAACAGUGCUCUUCCAACUCAGCUAACCGUUCGAGUGACGAGUCGUCAUAAAAUCUUGUAUGCUUUGUUCAACUCUCAGGUUCAACUCUUUAUCUGCCAGAUCUACUUUACAGUUGAUAACCUGUUCAACCCUAGUAUUUCCGCAUACGGAAAUUGACUUGAGAUGUCGCUCUUAUAAAUCCAAAUAAUUUGUUAUGUUUUGUGAUAACCCUCACUUCUAUGAUUAAUACACAAAUAAAAUUUGAAAACAAUAUUUAUUUGUAAUAGUUACGGAAUAAUCGCCUGAUCACUUUUAACGAUUACAUCCUGUAUAUGGUCGAAGGGUGUCCAUCAAUGAGCACGAAUAUUUUAUGGCGUCGUGGGUGAUUGAUGUUAGUAUCACCUCUAUGCUACCAAUCUACCCUCUAGCAAUGUGACGAUGGGUGUAACCAAUGUAAAUAAAAGACGUUGUAUUUAUA